UUAUGCCCAGGUUACAAGAAAAACUUAUAUCUCUGUAAGGCUGGUAAAACUAUUGCAGACACAGUUACUUUAAAAUGGAAAAAUUCUGAUUUGUCUAGCAAACCUCUAGAGAUUGCUCAAUAUUAUGCAAUAUAUGCAUAAUAUUGAGCAAUCAAGUCAAGGAAGAAAUAGAUUAUUAAAUAAAAGUAUGAAAAAGGGAACUAGCUCAACACUGAAACUUUGCCAAAUAUGUUUCUGUGAAAUUGCUAAAGGUAAACCCCAAAAAUGUUCCCCUUUAAAGAGUAGCACAAAUCUUUCUGAGAGUAUUUCUAAAAUUUCUAAAAAAGUAAAAGAACAACUUCUUCCCUUCUUAAAGAAAUUUAUUCUGAUCAAGAGCAAAGUCUAGAAGCUCAAGUCAUUCUCAGAACAGGUAAAUAGCUGUUAUGUACGUUCUUAAAAUAAGAAUUUAUAUUACAUUAAGGAGGUAAAAGUAUUCAUAUUACACGCGGUACUCAGGAAAGUGACCAGAGAAGGAUUCCUUAUAAUGAAGUAGAAGUUUUGGUAAAUACCUUAGGACUAAGUCAAUUGAAGUCAAAUGAAAUGUUAAAAAACUUUGAGGAGAAGUGGUGUAAAGUUUGAGUCAAACAUGGAGAAAGCCCUGGAUGAAAAAAAAUUAAACUACUUUCCAACUUUUAUGUCACUGAAUUAUUAGACUUUCAAUAAAAAGAAAAAGAUAAUGACUAUGCUAAAGUGAAGAGACACUUGGUAUAUAUUGAAGAUACUACAAAAUUUCUGGAUUUUGUAAUAAAAUAUCGAGGGCAGGUUCCACAAAACACAUUUGUAAAGGUUGGAAUAGAUUCAGGUAUUUAUAUUUAAUUUAUAUUACUUAUUAUAUUUUAAUAAUCGUCUUUUUGAAAACUUGUUUUUAAAAAUAUUAUUUGUACAUAUUUAUAUACAAAUAUGUAUGUGUGUAAGUAUAUAUAUAUUUAUAGGUGGAGGUUCACUGAAAGUUAUAGUAAACCUGUUUGAUCCAACCAAGGACAGGACAGAAGAUAGUAGCUACUUAGGAUCAUACUCAGGAGCAAAUUUGUCACUUGUUUUAGCUUAUUGUAAAAGGGUAAGUGAGAAUCAUUCUAACAUGACAAUGAUUGUGGAAAGAUUAAAGUUGCAUGAAUGCAAGUACUCAUUGGCUUCUGACAUGAAGUUAAUCAACAUAUUGCUAGGAAUUUCGGCUCAUGGAGAAAAGUAUGCUUGUGCAUGGUGUGAAGGUUCUUCAGAAUUAUUUUCUGGAGAGUUAAGAACAUUUCAAUCUUUGGAUAGUUACUAUGAACUGUAUUCAUCUGCAGGAUCUCCGGUGAAAAGAUUGAAAGAAUAUAAGAAUGUCAUUAAUCCUUGUCUGCUUAUGAUAGAAGACAAAUCCCUAAGUAUAAUAAGAAAGAUUCCAUUACCAGGACUUCACCUUCUGAUGGAAUUUGUUAACCAUGUGGCAGAAUUUAUAAUGCAACUUUGGCCUGGAUUUAUAGAUUGGGUCAAGAGCAUUGGAUGCCUUCGAAAAGGUUACCAUGGAGGAACAUUUGAAGGAAACACGUGUAGAGAGAUACUUAAAAGUUGCGACAAACUUAAGUUGAUAAUGCCUGUUGAACUGUAUCCUCUCUUAGAAACAAUGAGAAAAUUUAAUAAGGUUGUUCAUAGUGUCUUUGGCUAUAAACUUGACCCAAACUAUUCAAUUUUAAUUGAAAGUUUUAUACAAAGCUUUAAGGAUGCGCAAGACUAUUGCAGAGAGUUUUUAGGUAAACAGCUUAAGCUUACUUGGAAAGUACAUGCUGUAACAGCACAUCUGGAAAUAUUUGUUGAUUUGAGUGGCCUUUUCCUUGGGUAGUUUAAUGAGCAGACAUCUGAAUCUUGCGAUUCCAAGAUGAAAAGUGUAAUAAACAGGUUUGGAGUCUCGCAGUACAGCAACAAACAUAAAGAAAGAAGCAAAAGAAUUGCUGAAGUGUUCAGUUCAAAUAAUUUAUAAGUUAUUGAACAUUAAUUGUACAUCAAAACAUAAACAUUAUUAAAAUCUUAAGUUAAAAAAAUUUGUAAAUUUAUUCAAAAAGACAUUAAAAGUAUAUUAGUAUAAACAGUUUUUGGAAAAUUUUAUUUAGUAUAUAUUACUAUUAUUUAUAUAUAUUAGAUUAUUAGGCAACUAUGCAUACAAUACUAAUAUUUUACUAAACUACUUAUCAAUAUGUUCUACUUUACAAAGCAUACUAUGUUCCUAAUAAAAUUCAAGCAUAUCUAAACCUUUUUCACCAACUUAGAUAUAUCUAAGAGCUAACUAAUGAAGUUGAUGUGUAAAUACA